AUGCCAUUCUUGCUUCUUAUAUGGUUGGAGUCGUCAGCAAGGUAUACCAAACUGGCUCAACCCAUGAAAAAGAAUAGUGACAUAUUACACAGUUCAAGAAUAUUGACGAUUCCAUACAGUGGGUGUGAUGUUAAAAAAACAAAUGUUAAAAUUGAACAGAGGGUUAUCGAAGAUCAAGAAUUUAAUGAAAUUAUAAAAGAGGAACAAUUUGAAAAAACAUACCAUAUAAAUGAUGGUCAAUCAUUUCAAAAAGGGAAUAGUGACAUAUUACACAGUUCAAGAAUAUUGACGAUUCCAUACAGUGGGUGUGAUGUUAAAAAAACAAAUGUUAAAAUUGAACAGAGGGUUAUCGAAGAUCAAGAAUUUAAUGAAAUUAUAAAAGAGGAACAAUUUGAAAAAACAUACCAUAUAAAUGAUGGUCAAUCAUUUCAAAAAGGGAAUAGUGACAUAUUACACAGUUCAAGAAUAUUGACGAUUCCAUACAGUGGGUGUGAUGUUAAAAAAACAAAUGUUAAAAUUGAACAGAGGGUUAUCGAAGAUCAAGAAUUUAAUGAAAUUAUAAAAGAGGAACAAUUUGAAAAAACAUACCAUAUAAAUGAUGGUCAAUCAUUUCAAAAAGGAAUUAAAACUGAAGAAAACAAAAUUGGAAAAGACUUUAUUGACGGUUAUGAAUUUAAAGGAAAAGUCUCAAAGGAAAGCAACUUAUCUGAAAUCAUGACUCAGAUGAAGUCAAACAAGACACGUACAAGACACAGAUCAAGGAAAAAACAAUUGUUGAAUACCUUUGAUGAGAAAACUACAGCAUCCAAUUUAAAUCUCCUUACAAGGACACAUACCGGUGAAAAGCCGUUUAAAUGCGAUAUAUGUGAUCGAGCUUUUGGUUGGAAGCAUCAUUUAAAAAGGCAUAGAAUAACACAUACCAGUGAAAAGCCGUAUGAAUGUGAUAUAUGUGAACAUUCUUUUACCAAGAAAUGUUAUUUAAAAUCGCAUAAAAUAACACAUACCGGUGAAAAGCCGUAUAAAUGUGAUCUAUGUGUUAAAGUUUAUUUACAUAAAAAAAGUUUGAUAACCCAUAAACUAAUUCAUUCUGGCAUAAAAUCAUAUAUAUGUGAUAUAUGUAAUCAAGCUUUUGCCCGGAAAGAAACUUUAAGAAGGCAUUUAAAUAUACAUACCCGUGAAAAACUGUAUAAAUGUGUAAUAUGUGAACAAAAUUUUGUUCUGAAAUCAAAUUUAAUAGCCCAUAAAAAAAUACAUACCGAUAAAAAGCCGUAUAAAUGUGAUAUAUGUGAAUAUGCUUCUGCUCAUAAAUCAAAUUUAACAACCCAUAAAAAAAGACGACAUACCGGUGAAAAGCCAUAGAAACGUGAUACAAGGUUUUCUAUAUCAGAUUUAACAAAGCAUACAAGGACACAUAUCGGAAAAAAGGCUUAUCAAUGCGAAAUUUGUUACCAAUGGUAUUCUCUUUGAUCACAUUUAAAAAGACCACACAAGGACAUAUGAAAAAGAUAACCGUAUAAAAUAUAAAUGUAUUAUGUGUGAUAUAACGUUUUCUAAGACAUCAAAUUAAAAAAAUCAUGCGAGUAUACAUGCCAGGAAAAACAUUUAAAAGUCCAACAUUCACAAGACACAAACAUCGAAUCAUCUCACACUCCACUGUGCAAAGUACAACAACAAACGAAGCAUCUUAAACCACCCCUCCAACAUCGAAGAAGCGCUUGGGGAGACCAACAUUGAUGCAGUCUUCAAAUUUUUUAAUGCCAUCAAACUAUUCAACAGAUUAUAAACAACCUUCAAAUACUCCUGUUUUUUUUUCUUUCUUAUUUCUUGUCUUAUAAUGUAUAAAUAUUUCUAAGGUAUCAAAUUUCUUUCAACUUAUUAAUGUAAACCAUUGUAGUCUAAUAACCUCUAC